CAAUGAAGUGUACAGUCUGUAUUUUAUUCAUAAUUAAUCUGGCUUUUGGUGUAUCGGUAGAAAAAUGGCAAGAAAGUGAAGACGGCAGCAGAUUUUAUAUUGAGGCUGCGACAAAAUACAAUUGGUUUGAGGCCUUGAGCGAGUGUGCCCGAAAAAAUAUGUCCUUGAUUGCCAUUGACACUUCUGAGAAACAUCAACAAAUCGACAAUUUAUUAAAGAGAUUAUAUACUUCGAGUCCUUCUUUCUGGAUUGGCGGUCAUGAUAAUGCCGUUCAUUUACGUUUCGAAUGGAUCUCAACCGGUGAACCAUUUGCGUUCACAAAUUGGGGACCCAAGCAACCAGCUACCAAAGAUAAAAAUGAACAUUGUUUGUUAAUGUGGUCUGAUUUCAAGUGGCAUGACUAUUACUGUCACUAUAAAGUGGGCUACAUUUGCGAAGAAAAUCAAUUGGUUAAGAACGUUUAUCACGUACGGAAGUUUAAUCAAAAUGGCACAUAUAUAGGGGGAGGCAAAAAUUAUUUCUUUUAUUUUCAUAAUGGUAAUUAAAAAAAGGCUCUUACGAGUAGUUGUAAGCAAAUACAGUUUUUACUUUUAAUUGUUCGCCUGUAAAUAAAAAAGCUAAUGAAAUAAAAAUUGCAAUUAUU